AUGCCAGCCUCCAGCACCGUGACGCUGGACAAUCUGUCCCAGAAGCUCCCCCAAUGGCGGCCAGACGAGCAGAACCACCUGUAUGCCGUCGUUGACAUGGGCAGCAAUGGCAUUCGCUUCAGCAUCACUUCCCUGGCACCUCCCCGUGCUCGUCUUCUCACCCCGGUUUACUCUGCAAGAGAGGCCAUCUCGCUGUUUGAUGCCCUGACACCGUCCCCCUCUGGGCCUGUGUUCCCUGCCGCAAUCAUAGAAUCGGUGUCUUCUGCCAUAGCCCGCUUUCACCAUCUUGCCGUCUCUCAUGAUGUCCCUCCCCAACAUAUCAUGAUGCUGGCUACUGAGGCCAUGCGGCGGGCCGUCAACGCCCCUGAGAUGCUAGAUGCCAUCGCAAAGGCCACUGGAGGACUGAGCGUUUCCAUCCUUGAUCCUCCUGUCGAGACACUACUCGGCGCCGUCAUGGGAUCGAGGAGUGGCCUCGGGGGUGUUCCUGGUGGUGCUCUGUUCCUCGACCUUGGGGGCGGGAGCGUGCAGAUGACUUGGGUGGACACUAGCACCCAAGACUACGAAAUAAAGGCAGCUCGUGCCGGAGGGAGCCUGCCUUAUGGUGCCGCAAAGCUAAUGCGUGUGCUACAAGAGAAUCCCGAGCAUGUGCACGCUGCCGAGACGGUCAACCUGAGGGAUGGCUUUCGGAAACUAUACGCCGACCUGUGCUCCAAGUUUCCCGCUCUCCAGGCCAUCAAGGCUGCGAACGAGAGAGGGGAAGAGGUCCCCGUCGAUGUUUACAUGUGCGGUGGCGGGUUCCGCGGCUACGGCAGCAUGCUGAUGCACGACGACCCUAUCAGCCCCUACCCCAUCUCGUCAUCCAACACUUAUGCUGUUCGUGGCUCGCGGUUCAAGGAAACAACCAGAAUGCUGCACAUGAACCAGCACUACGAUGGUAAGAUCUUUGGCUUGUCCAAGCGGCGCAGACAGCAGUUUCCUGCCAUUGUCCUCGUCGUUGAAGCUUUCAUCGAAGCUGUUCCAUACCUUGGUUGGGUUACCUUCUGCGGAGGGUCCAAUCGGCAAGGCGCUUUGAUGAUGAAGCUUCCUCGGGAAAUCAGAGAGAGCAGCCCUCUGGACGUCCUAGCCAAUAUACAAGAUGGCGAAAAAGCAGUUUUUGAAGCCAUUCUGGGAAAACUAUCAGAAUCUCUUCCGUCAGAUCUCGCCCACGCCCGCCUCCCCACCAUCUUCAAUACCGGUGCGGGCAUGCUCUUCGUUAGAGAGGUAUGGAAUCGCCACGGUCAUGAUGCGGACUCCAAUACUGCUUAUGCCGUCCACGAUGCCGUCUCUCGCGACACCGACUGCCCCGGCCUGACUCAUCUUGUCCGCGCGCUCCUUGGCCUUGGCGUCGCCGCGAGAUGGGGAGGCAACCUCGGGCCUCUUGAUGCCCAACUACACAAAGGGCUACAGGGCAUACUUGAUGACAGGGGUGUCGAUUCGUCGUUCUGGGCCCAGUACCUUGGUGCCGUCGCAAGUGUCCUGGCCACCGUCUUCCCCGUCAUGCCGAAGCAAGCGGGCCAAGUAAUCGACGCUAUCAGCUUCGAUUCACGCGUCCAGCAGAGAGAGGGCAAGAAGGACAAAGUUUUGUUGAAGAUUGGCCUAGCUAGCGAAGUUGCCAAACGUAUCAACAAGGAGGAUCUCAUCGACCAUGUCAACUCCGCGGCUAAAGUCAAUGCAAAGGCCACCAAGACGAUCUCAACGCAAAUAGUCAUUCAAUCAUGA